UAGUUUAAUUCUUCUCACACCUCAAUUCUUCACUUGCCCAAACUAGAGGCCCUGCUUCUGUUGUGUUCAGUUCAGAUAGAUUUCUUCUCUUUAUUUUCCCUCUCUCUCUCUCCUCUUUCUAAAGUGUUGUUUUCCUUUUUUCUGACAAUAAAAGCUUUCCCUUUUUUCUUUUCUCUCUUUAUUAUUGUCCUUUGAGUUUUAACUGUUUAAUGAAGAACUGACAUUGUUAUUCUUCUCCAAAACUAUCUUUUGGCUCAACAAAAAUGUCUCAGACCAACUGGGAAGCUGAUAAAAUGUUAGAUGUGUAUAUUCAUGAUUAUCUAGUUAAGAGGGAUCUAAAGGCUACUGCACAGGCCUUUCAAGCUGAGGGAAAGGUCUCAUCUGAUCCUGUUGCUAUUGAUGCACCUGGUGGGUUUUUGUUCGAGUGGUGGUCCGUCUUUUGGGAUAUAUUUAUUGCCAGGACAAAUGAAAAACACUCAGAGGUAGCUGCUACAUAUAUUGAGACUCAAUUAUUAAGAACCAGGGAGCAACAACAGCAGCAACUCCAACAGCCUCAGAGCCAGCAACCCCCUAAUCUACAGCAACAACAGCAGUUGCAAAUGCUAUUGCACAGGCAUGCACAACAACAGCAGCAACAUCAGCAACAGCAGCCACAACAACAUCAGCAACAGCAACAGCAACAGCAACAACAGCAGCAGCAACAGCAGCAACAACAGCAGCAACAGCAACAACAGCAGCAGCAACAACAUCAGCAACACCAACAGCAACACCAACAGCAACAACAGCAACAGCAUGCACCACAACCUCAAAGAAGAGAUGGUGCCCAUCUGCUCAAUGGCACUGCUAAUGAGGUGGCAGGAAACGGCCCCCUUGCUCGACAAAAUUCUGGCACUGCGAAUGCCAUGGCUACUAAAAUGUAUGAGGAACGUUUAAAAUUACCCCUACAAAGAGACUCAUUAGACGAUGCAGCACUGAAACAACGAUUUGCUGACAAUGUAAGCCAACUCAUGGAUCAGAAUCAUGCCUCUAUGAUAAAAUCUGCUGCUGCUGGCCAACCUUCAGGCCAAGUUUUGCAUGGUACAGCUGGUAGCAUGUCUCAGCAGAUGCCGUCUCGGAAUCAGCAGCUGCCGGGGUCUGCAGCAGACAUAAAGACAGAGAUGAAUCCAGCUUUAAAUUCUCGAGCUGCUGGACCUGAAGCAUCAUUGAUAGGAAUUCCCGGAUCAAACCAAAGUGGUAACAAUCUAACAUUGAAAGGGUGGCCACUCACAGGACUAGAAAAUCUUCGAUCUGGUCUUCUCCAGCAGCAGAAAUCAUUCAUGCAGGGUUCUCAGCCCUUUCAUCAACUUCAGAUGUUGUCACCUCAACAUCAGCAGCAACUUAUGCUUGCCCAACAGAAUUUGACAUCAGCUUCUGCAAAUGAUAUGGAAAACAGAAGACUAAGGAUGUUAUUGAAUAACAGAAGUAUGGGAUUUGGGAAGGAGGGCCUCCCAAACUCUGUCGCGGAUAUGGUCCCAAAUGUUGGAUCACCAUUGCAAGCUGGUUGUCCUGUUUUACCUCGUGGAGAUGCAGAUAUGCUAUUAAAGAUAAAAAUGGCUCAACUGCAACAACAACAGCAGCAGCAGCAGCAACAUCAGCAACAACAAAGCAGUCACCAGCAGCAUCAGCUACACCAGCUUCAACAGAAUGGGCUUUCUGGUCAACCUUCUCAGGUUUCAAACCACAAUCUUCAUCAGCCAGACAAAGUUGGCGGAGCUAGUAGCAUCACCAUGGAUGGUAGUUUAUCCAACUCCUUUCGGGGGAAUGAUCAGGCUACAAAAAACCAGAAUGGGAGAAAGAGAAAGCAGCCUAUAUCAUCCUCAGGACCUGCCAAUAGCUCAGGAACUGCAAAUACUGCUGGACCUUCCCCAAGUUCAGCUCCUUCAACACCCUCCACUCACACAGCAGGAGAUGUGAUGUCUAUGCCGUCCUUCCCUCAUGGCAGUGGCGCUUCAAAAUCAGCACUAAUGUUUGGCGCUGAUACGACGGGAACCCUUGCAUCACCAUCAAACCAGCUGGCUGAUAUGGAACGUUUUGUGGAGGAUGGAUCUCUGGAUGACAAUGUAGAGUCUUUCUUAUCACAUGAUGAUGCAGAUCCCCGAGAUGCAGUUGGCCGUGGUAUGGACCUAAGCAAAGGAUUCAUGUUUACAGAAGUUAAUUCUGUUCGGGCGAGCACAGCCAAAGUAGUCUGUUGUCACUUUUCAUCAGAUGGAAAACUUCUUGCCACUGGUGGCCAUGAUAUGAAGGCUGUAUUAUGGUAUGCUGAUUCGUUGAAGCCCAAAACUACACUUGAGGAACAUACAAAAUUAAUAACUGAUGUCCGCUUCAGCCCAAGCAUGUCACGUCUGGCGACUUCAUCCUUUGAUAAAUCUGUCAGAAUUUGGGAUGUGGACAACCCAAGCUAUUCUCUUCGUAAUUUUAUGGGACAUUCUGCCACUGUAAUGUCACUAGACUUUCACCCUAAUAAAGAUGACCUCAUCGCUUCGUGUGACGGGGAUGGUGAAGUCCGCUAUUGGAGUAUUACCAAUGGAAGCUGUGCCAGGGUCUUUAAGGGUGGCAGCACUCAAAUAAGAUUCCAGCCUCGCCAUGGAAGGUAUCUUGCCGCGGCUGCAGAGAAUGUCAUAUCUAUACUUGAUGUGGAGACGCAAGCUUGUCAGCACAGAUUACAGGGGCACACAAAACAGAUUCAUUCUGUAUGUUGGGAUACUUCUGGUGAAUUCUUGGCCUCUGUUAGUGAGGAUUCUGUUAGAGUCUGGAGUCUUGGCCUAGGAAAUGAAGGUGAGUGUGUGCACGAGCUGAGCUGCAAUGGAAACAAGUUCUACUCAUGUGCUUUCCAUCCUACAUACUCCUCUUUACUGGUGAUUGGCUGUUACCAGUCUAUGGAGCUUUGGAACAUGUCAGAGAACAAGACGAUGACCUUGUCAGCACAUGAUGGACUCAUUGCUGCGUUAUCUGUAUCGAGCGUGACAGGGUUGGUGGCUUCUGCUAGUCAUGACAAGUUUGUGAAGCUCUGGAAGUAAACCGUCAUUUUAAUACUCUUUUGGUUCAGUGAUUGAUGAUCUCCGGGCUGUGUUUCUGGUGGUUUUGUAACUUAGCUAGGCUUAAUCUGUUCUAAAGAAAGAUUUAGAAACAUCUUUGAACUUAUGUUAGUGGCUGGUGCUGCCUUUCGGCUGUUAUAUGUGUUCUAGUUUUCGCGAGAGCUAACAUGUGAUCUGCUGACUACUUUAGAUGUCUUUGCUCAAAAUCAUAUCAUAUCGGAAGAAAGUGCAAGAAUAGCUCUAUUUCCUGCUGUA